GGGAGUAGAAUUUGCUUACUUACAAUUUCAGCCUACUACGAUUUUCAUCAGCAGACACGAUUCUUGGUACAUUCUCUGUUCCGCUCUCUCUCUCGCUUGUUAUCUCUCAAGACUCGAGAGGGAGUUCAAGACUCUCAUUUCUUCCUCUCUAACCUCCGACACGGUUCGUUCUUAUUCCAUCGCCCGUCUUCAUUGGGCAACAUCUGGCUAGCCGUGGCAGUGGUGUAUGGGAAGCUGGGCGCCCGUUGUUUUACCAUUUGCCGAUAAGCCGUGUUAGAGUUCGGGCUGUAAGAACCAUGCGCACCAGCAUCAGCGGUCGAGGUUGCUCGAGUUCUGGUGCUGCUGAUAGUGUGCGGACAGUGCUAAAGCGUGGAUAAGUGCUAGGGGUACGCCCAAGUGGGGUGGCGUACAGAGUGAAAAGUUUUGCCCCGCUUCCGCUUCCAAGAUUACCAAAGGUGCCAAAGAUGACGCUAAGAGUGAGAGCCCGUUUGGCGGCUCUGACAGCGGCAACGGUGUUGCUGCUAGUAUUAACGACGACCAGUGCUAAUGAGAACACACACUAUCUGCCACCGCUGGAAUGUGUCGAUCCUUACGGCCGACCACAGCGCUGUAUUCCGGAGUUUGAGAAUGCGGCCUACCAGCUGCAGGUGGAAGCGACCAACACGUGCGGCGACGAAACCGAUACGGACUUUUGCGUCCAGACGGGCUACUCCAACCGGAAGAGCUGUGACGUGUGCCAUGCCGGGCAGCAUUCGCCCCAAUUCCUUACCGACUUCCACGACCCGAACAACCCGACCUGGUGGCAGUCGGAAACCAUGUUCGAGGGCGUCCAGUACCCGAACCAGGUGAACCUAACGCUGGGUCUCGGCAAAUCCUUCGACAUCACGUACAUCCGCAUCGUGUUCCACUCGCCGCGGCCGGAAUCGUUCGCGAUCUACAAGCGCGUCACGCCGAACGGGCCCUGGAUCCCGUACCAGUACUACAGUGCGACCUGCCGCGACACGUACGGUCUGCCCGAUUCGCUGUCCGUGAUGAACGGUGAGGAUGAGUCGCGUGCGCUCUGCACGAGCGAGUACAGUGACAUCUCGCCGCUGCGCGAUGGUAACAUUGCGUUCUCGUCGCUCGAGGGACGCCCGUCCGCCAUCAACUUCGAUCACCAUCUGGAGCUGCAGCAGUGGGUGACGGCGACCGACAUUCGGAUCACGCUGGACCGUCUGAACACGUUCGGCGACGAGGUGUUUGGCGACGCGCAGGUGCUCAAGUCGUACUUCUACGCGAUCGCGGAUAUUGCGGUCGGGGCGCGCUGCAAGUGCAAUGGUCACGCGAGCGAAUGUACCACCAGCACCGCACUGGACGGGCAGCGGACGCGCGUCUGCAAGUGUAUGCACUUCACCGACGGACCGGACUGUGAUCGCUGUCUGCCGUUCUACAACGACGCACCGUGGGGCCGUGCGACGUCCAAAAAUGUGCACGAAUGCAAACCCUGCAACUGUAACGGAUACUCGACGAAAUGCUUCUUCGAUCGCCAUCUGUACAAUCUGACCGGGCACGGUGGCCACUGCAUCGACUGUGGUGCGAACCGGGACGGGCCGAACUGUGAGCGGUGCAAGGAAAACUUCUUCAUGCGCGAAGACGGCUACUGCAUCAACUGUGGCUGCGAUCCGGUCGGUUCGCGGUCGCUGCAGUGCAAUGCGGAGGGCCGCUGCCAGUGCAAGCCGGGCGUGACGGGCGAGAAGUGUGACCGGUGCGACAGCAACUACUUCAACUUUGGACCGCACGGUUGCCAGCCGUGCAACUGUGACGAGCGCGGCUCGCUCGACAACACCCCGUCCUGCGACCCGGUGACGGGCGUGUGCUCGUGCAAGGAAAAUGUGGAGGGCCGCCACUGUCGCGAGUGCCGCCUCGGGUACUUCAAUCUGGACGCGGAGAACAAGUUCGGCUGCACGCCGUGCUUCUGCUACGGGCAUACGCUCGAGUGUACGAGCGCCAGCGGGUACUCGAUCGUGUCGACGACAUCGAACUUCAACAAGCACAAGGAAAAGUGGACCGCCAUUUCGGACACGGGCGUGCCGGUGGACGUGAAGUACAACUCGCACAGCCAAUCGAUCGGCGUGGGAGCGAACGGCCAUCGGACGGUGUACUUCCUGGCGCCGGACCGCUUCCUGGGCGAUCAGCGUGCCUCGUACAACAGGCUGUUCAAGUUCCGGCUGCAGCUCGUCGGGCAGCCGCGCGUUGAAGUAAGCCCGUACGAUGUGGUGCUGCAGGGUGGCAACAGUAGCAUCUCGUUGCCCAUCUUCGCCCAGAACCAGCGCAUGCCGAGCGAGGAAUCGCACGAGUUUGCGUUCCGGCUGCACGAAAAUCCGGAGUACACCUGGCAUCCGUCCAACUCGGGCCGUGGAUUCAUGUCGAUUCUUAGCAACCUGACGGCGGUCAAGAUCCGAGCGAUCUACGGUGACCAUGGGGAGGCCAUACUGGAUGACGUUGAGCUGCAGACGGCGCACCGUGGUGCGGCUGGACGGCAGGCAACGUGGAUCGAGCAGUGUACCUGUCCGGAAGGGUAUUUGGGCCAGUUCUGCGAGUCGUGUGCUCCAGGCUAUCGGCACAAUCCGGCCCGUGGCGGACCGUUCAUGCCGUGCGUACCGUGCGACUGUAACAAGCAUGCGGAAAUUUGUGACUCCGAAACGGGACGCUGCAUCUGUCAGCACAAUACGGCCGGCGAUACGUGCGAUCAGUGCGCGAAGGGUUACUAUGGCAAUGCGCUCGGAGGCACGCCGUACGACUGUAAGCGAUGCCCCUGCCCGAACAAUGGUGCCUGUAUGCAGAUGGCGGGUGAUACGGUGAUUUGUCUGGAGUGUCCAGUUGGUUACUUCGGACCUCGUUGCGAGCUGUGCUCGGAUGGAUACUACGGCGAUCCGACCGGUGUGUACGGUUCGGUGCGAAUGUGCCAACCCUGCGACUGCAACGGCAAUGUCGACCCGAACGCUGUCGGCAACUGCAACCGCACGACUGGCGAAUGUCUCAAGUGUAUACACAACACGGCCGGACCGCACUGUGACCAGUGUUUGCCAGGCCACUUUGGAGACCCACUGGCAGAGCCGCAUGGAAGCUGCGAAGAGUGUAGCUGCUACCCGCGAGGCACGGAGCAAACGGAGAAGGGCAUCUCGAUCUGUGACGCCAUCAACGGCAACUGCCACUGCAAACCGAACGUGAUCGGGCGUACUUGCAAUGAGUGCAAGAACGGCUACUGGAACAUCGUGUCCGGCAAUGGGUGCGAAAGCUGCAACUGCGACCCGAUCGGUAGCUACAAUGCGUCCUGCGAUACCUACUCGGGCGAUUGCUUCUGCAAGCCGGGCGUAGUGGGCAAGAAGUGUGACAAGUGUGCUCCGGCGUACUACGGCUUCUCGGAGGACGGAUGCCAUGCGUGCGAUUGUGAUCCGAGCGGCUCCAAGGGUUCGCAGUGUAACCAGUACGGUCAGUGCCCGUGUAACGAUAACGUCGAGGGACGACGAUGCGAUCGUUGCAAGGAGAACAAGUACGAUCGCCACCAGGGCUGUUUGGACUGUCCGGCUUGUUACAAUCUGGUGCAGGAUGCGGCAAACGAUCAUCGGGCCAAGUUGGCCGAGUUGAACCAGAUCCUGCAGGACAUUCAAUCGAAACCGAUUGUCAUCGAUGACAGCGAGUUUGCGGGCAAGCUGCACGCAGUGCAGGAGAAGAUCGACAUUCUGGUGGAGGACGCAAAGAGUGGUUCGGGUGGUGGUGAAAAAACGUUGAACGAAAUUCUGCGCGAACUCGAGGCCCGUCUGCAGGAGGUUCAGAAGCUGCUGGACAAUGCGGACCAGUCGCAGGAGGUGACAAACCACAAGAUCAGCAAGGGUGGCUACAAUGCAACGUUGGCGAAUGGCAAGAUUCAGGACGCUCGCCGGCAGCUGGACAAUGCGAUCGAGCUGCUGCAAACGGAGGGUAAUACGGCGCUGGCUCGCGCAAAGGACAUCUCGGGCCAUCUGGGCAAUCAGACGAACCAGAUCAGUGGUAUUUCCCGUGAGGCGCGCCAGUACGCGGACCGGUUCAAGGCGGAAGCGGACGCGAACAUGAAGCAAGCGCAGGAAGCGCACAAGAAGGCAUCGGAAGCGUUGAAGAAGGCAAACGACGCGUUCAAUCAGCAGGCCAACAUUACCAAGGAGCUGGACACGAGCAUAUCGAGCGAGAUUGCACAGGCGCGCGAGAAGCUGAACACGGUCUCGAAGCUGACCGAGCAGGCGCUGACCCGGGCACGGGAGGUGAACGACGAAGCGCUGACCCUGUUCGCGGCGGUAAAUCGUACCGCACCGCCCAACAUCGAUAUCGAUAAGAUCAAGAAGGAGGCGAACCAGUACAACCGGGAAGCGGACCGCAUUGCUGAGGAUCUUGCCAAUAAGAUGCGCGAUCACGCUCAGCUGCUCGAAAACGUCGGAACCAACAUUGAGCUGGCGGAGACAUUACUUGAUAGAGCUUCGUUACAGAAGGAAGAUGCAGUCGAUGCACUGAAGCAGUUGAAGUACGCCAAGGAGCAGGCAGAAAAGGCCGUCGCGGAGGGAGAUGGUACGCUGCAGAAGGCAAACUAUACCUACCAAACGCUGGCCGGAUUCAAGAACCAGGUCGAAGAGUCUUCCCGACGUGCCGAGGAAGCGCUUAAUCUAGUUCCGAACAUUGAGCGGCAGAUCGUCAACUCACGGGAUCUUCUUCAGCGCGCAGAAGAGGCACUGUACGCAGCGAGCCGAAACGCGGAGGAUGCACGCAAGAAUGCACAAACAGCCCAGGACAAGUACGCUGAGGAAGCAUCGAAGCUUGCUGAAAACAUCAAGAAGCGUGCCAAUGCUACGAAGAACACUGCUCGCGAUCUACACCACGAAGCGGACCAGCUGAACGGACGGCUCGCUAAGACGGACAACCGACUGGAGGAGCGCGAAGCCCAGAUUCGCAAGGAUCUGAAUCUCACGAACGAGGCAAAGGAAAAGGUUGGCCAGGCACAGCUUAACUCGAAUGAGGCCAAAUCGCAGGUGGACAAAGCGAUGCGAGAAGUCAGCCUGAUCAUGUCCGAGCUGGCGAAUCUGCGUGAGAUCGAUGUCAACAGUUUGGACGACUUGGAACGUCGUCUGAGUGCUGCCGAGAAGGAACUGGAAGAUGCCCAGCUGACCAAGCGGCUCAGCAGUCUGGUGGAAGCGAAAAACAUCCAGAACCAGAACAUCCGCAGCUAUCAGAAGGAGCUGGCCGAUCUGCGGCUCGAGGUCGCUAACAUCGAGCUAAUAGCGAAUUCACUGCCACCGGGAUGCUUUAAGCGCACGCAUCUGGAACCGUAAGCAGCAGCAGCAGUAGCAGUAGUAGAUAGUAGAUAGUAGUAGCAGCGCAGUAGGAGAUCCGACGAUCCGAUGCAGACGUUUGAGUUUUUAUAUGCUAGGGAAACGCUUCCCGCCGCGAUCCAAGCCGCGGCACCAAUACGAAAUCACGCACCCCGAGUGCGUGCUUACAAAACAAUGACAAAAUGUGCCACAACAAACCAGCAACGAAAACAAACACCUACUAAACUACUAAUUGCCCCCGUGCAAACAACCCGUCUUCAUUACCUUUUAAUGCGAUAGUUUGUAAGCGAGUAAUAUUUAAACGCGUUGAAUCCAUCAAUCGUCUACGACUAACCUCUCCCCCCGCCCCCUAGACACUCUUCCAACUAGCCAAAACUGCCCCAAACGCCCGCCUCCACACGGACCGGCAUAAAUAAGCUGGAAUGUGUUGGUGAUGGCGCUUCCGCUUCAAGCAGAUUCAAUGAUAUACUGGUGCUACUACACAGAAGAUAUCCAGUGACUUAAUUAGGGACGACUUUUCUCUUCAUAAUUUGUGUAGGCGUGUGAGCGUGUGUAAGUGUGCGUGUGUGUGUGCGUGUGUAUGUGUGUCCUUUUCCAGGUGCUAUCCGUUCGUUCGGGCACUUUGUUUGCCAUAGAUCCAGUUUUCAAUGUGACUCACCCUUAGCUGUCCUUUUCUACUUUCCACACACCAUACUACUACCGCCCCAAUCAGCUUAAGCGUGCCGCAGAAGAUAACGAUUCAAUAAGGCAAGUUAAUAAACGUACUACAAAAAAAAAAAAAACCCCAAUGAA